CUCAAAUUCAUGAAAUGAAGCCUCAGAGCAAGAAAACCUAUAUGAGUAAGAGAGCGGUGGUGUUGGGAGGUGAAGAGAAGAAGGCUCGUGACUUGAUGCAAAAAAUUGCAACUGUGAGGAAAGAGAAGGAAACCAAGAGAAAGACCAAGAAGGAUGUGAAGUUUAAAGACAGGCUUAAGGAGAUUGCAAAGCGUGAAGAAGCAAAGAAAGAGAAGCAAAAGGAACGUAAAAAGGAGUACUUUUCCAAAUCUGGAAACAAGAGAGCAUUAUCAGCCAGUGAGGAUAACCACAAUGCUUUUGGUAAGAGACAGCAUCGUUAAGAAAUUAAUCGCAUAUAGUAUCUAAUGCACAGUAAGAUAAGACUC